UAAUCAUGGAGUAGUGCACCGACAAGUAUCUCACAGAGUAGAUCUUUAACAGAUUCAUUACAGAAAGCAAGUCAGCAGAAUGUCCCUCUUGGUGACUUUAAAGGAAGUAGCUGCUCUACCUAAUACCUAACUCAUUAGGGGGUAGCCUUUCUGUGGCCUCAAUGGAGAACGGAAGAAGGAUGUAUUAAGAAGGGGUCGGGAUCUACUCUAUAGUGAAACAGAACUUGUUAAAUCCUUUGGACUCACCUUAGGAGCAAUUUUUUUUGCCUUCCUUUGAACAUAGUCAUUGUUCUAGAUGGCUUUUCAGGACCUCCUGAAUCAAGCAGGCAGCCUGGGGAGAUUCCAGAUCCUUCAGCUGACUUUCAUUUUCAUCUGCAACAUCAUGGUGAGUCCUCAUUCUCUUCUGGAGAACUUCACUGCAGCCGUUCCCAGUCAUCGCUGCUGGGUCCCCAUCCUUGACAAUGAGACUGUCUCUGAUAAUGACAGUAGGAUCCUGAGCCAAGAUGACCUCCUGAGGGUCUCCAUCCCACUGGACUCCAACCUGAGACCAGACAAGUGUCGUCGCUUUGUUCAACCACAGUGGCAUCUUCUUCAUCUGAAUGGCACCUUCUCCAGUGUGACAGAGCCAGACACAGAGCCCUGUGUGGAUGGCUGGGUGUAUGACCAAAGCACCUUCUUCUCCACCAUUGUGACUGAAUGGGACCUGGUAUGUGAAUCUCAGUCACUGGAUUCAAUAGCUAAGUUUCUGUUCUUGAGUGGUAUGUUAGUAGGACAUGUCCUAUUUGGUCACUUAACAGACAGGUUUGGGAGGAGGUUGAUGUUCAUAUGUGCUUUACUGCAAAUGGCCAUCACUGAAACCUGUGCAGCAUUUGCCCCCACCUUCCUUGUCUAUUGCUUGUUACGCUUCCUGGCAGGGAUCUCUUCCACAACCAUUUUGACAAAUAGCGGCUUGCUCAUUAUAGAAUGGACAAGACCUAAAUUCCAAGCCAUGGCAACAUCACUGUUAUUAUGUGCUGGGGCGAUUGGACAGAUACUAUUGGCAGGCCUGGCUUUUGCUUUUCGAAACUGGCACCACCUCCAUCUGGCUGUAUCUGUACCAAUGUUGUUUUUACUUGUAGCCUCAAGGUGGCUGUCAGAGUCAGCUCGGUGGCUGAUUAUGACCAACAAACCCCAGAAGGGUUUAAAGGAACUUAGAAAAGUUGCACACAUAAAUGGAAUGAAGAAUUCUGGAGAUGUCCUAACCAUAGAGGUUGUGAGAAACACCAUGAAGGAGGAACUGGAGGCCUCACAGACAAAAAUUUCCCUGUGGGACUUGUUCCGUACGCCCAACCUGCGCAAGCGGAUAUGUCUCCUGUUCCUUGUGAGAUUUGUGAUAUGGACAUCUGCAUUUGGCCUGCUGAUUAACAUCCAGCACCUAAGGACGAAUGUCUUCCUAUUGCAGUGUCUUUUUGGUACAAUCUCCAUUCCAGCCAAUUUACUUGGAAUUGUUUUAGUGAAUCACAUGGGACGUAGAACAAGUCAACCGUUUAUCAUGUCCCUGUUUGGAAUUUCUCUUUUGGCCAUAGUAUUUGUGCCUCAAGAAAUGCAGAUCCUACGUAUGAUUGUGGCAACUUUGGGAGGAGCUUUUUCUUUCGUCUCUGUUGGCAGUACUCUUCUGCAUUCAAAUGAGCUACUCCCCACCAUAAUCAGGGCAACUGCUUUAGGAGUCAUUGGAAUUGCUGGUAGUGCUGGGGCAGCCCUGUCUCCCCUGUUUAUGAUCCUCAAGACAUAUUCUGCCUCCUUGCCCUGGAUCAUCUAUGGGGUCCUCCCCUUCCUUGGUGGCCUUGUUGUCCUUCUUCUUCCUGAGACCAAGAAUCAGCCUCUGCCUGACUCCAUCCAAGAUGUGGAAAAUGAAGGGAGCGUCUCCAGACAAACAAAGCAGAAAGAUAUGUUCAUCAAAGUGACACGGUUUUAAGGAACUCCAAGAACUGGAAUCUGAUCAAGGAGCAAGAUAAGAAAAAUAUCACUUAGAUUUACGAUGAUCUAGGAUCACUCUGGAUACAGCAAAUUUUAAGCAAACAACAAUAUAGUAAAAGUUUGUGUUAAGUUAGAAAGUUCCAGGGGUGUGAAUCCUGAGAGGCUACCCAUGCCUCAGGAGAUGACUCCGCACCCAUGCACAUACAGGGAACAAUAAAAAACAAAAGCAAGAGCACAUGAGAUUGAAGGAGGAAGUAUGAGAGGAAGAAACUGGAGAUGAUAUAAUGGGGCAUAGUUUGGAACCAUACAUACUAAAUAAAAUAUUUAAUAAACUAU